UUCACUCGUAAGGCUACUGUUACAUUUGUAUAAAGGUGGUUUCAGGUCACCUUGUAGUUGAUAUCGACCGGGUUAAUAUUAAGUAUUAGAGGACACUGGAGACCAUACCUCUGUUAUACCAGCGUAAUUCUGCCAUUUACGUUUACUGAAAACGAUACAAGGUAAGAGGAUUGUAAAAAGUUGUUUCAGAAAUGGAUCGCUGGGCAGGACGCGUUGCCUUGGUAACAGGAGCUACGAAGGGGAUUGGAGAAGCCAUUGCUCGUGCUCUGGUUAAGAAUGGUAUGGUGGUGGUUGGAUGUGCCAGACACGUGGGAGAUAUGCAAAAAGCUGCUGCGGGACUUAAGGGCGAAAAGGGUCGUUUGAUUCCAAUAAAGUGCGACCUUACCAAAACGGAAGAGAUAGAGUCCAUGUUUCAAAAAAUCAAGGAACAGUUGGGCGGUGUCGACGUCUGCGUUAACAACGCUGGUGAUCAUACCUUUCAGGAUUGCAAGACAGGCUCUUUAUCUGAUACCAAGACAAUGUAUGAUUUGAAUGUAUUCGCUGGCAUCAACGUAUCCCAGCUGACCAUUCAGUCCAUACAAGAAAGGAACAUGGAUGACGGGCACAUUAUUAACAUUAGCAGUGUAUGUGGAAACACUGUCCAUGAAGGUGCCUUGUGUCACAUGUAUUCCCUUACAAAGUGUGCCCUGAAUGCUUUCACGGAGGGUCUACGGCACGAGCUGAGACAGCAGAAAACGAAAAUACGGACAACGGUCCUCAUUCCUUCAUUGGUCGACACCCCGAAGACAAGAGGAGUGCUUGAUGACAGCUUCUUUAGCCCGGAAAAUAUCCUUCAACCAGACGAUGUCGCUGCCGCCGUGACCUUUGCCCUCAGUGCCCCACCAUGUGUCAACGUCCGCCAUAUUUGCCUCCACGCGAUACACGACUCUUAUUAAUUCAGGGACAACUGGUGCUGCCAGAUUUGCACGUCUUUCUAUUGCACACCCCUUUGAAUGGACAUUGUCUUGUUCUAAGUGUGUUAUACUCUUGCAUACAACACAAAAUGCUUUUAUUCAUGUAUAUUAAUUAAAUGUGAGAGCUGGUGAUCAUGCGUUUUUACUACUUUAAUAAAUUUAUACAUCAGAAUAGAUGGCGCCACUAAACAGCCCAUAUAUAUGUGCCGGACUAUAUAUUGCUGCAAUGUCUCUUGAGAAAAUACUGGAUAGUAAAGGACUAUAAAACUAUACUGGAGCCGGGAUUUUAUGAAUUACUCCGGACCAUUAAACUAAAAUUAAUCAGUGAUUAGUAAAAGGUAAGACUUACACCUGUAAGAUGCAGAGUAGUAAACCUGCACUUAAGUGAUAUAUACAUUAUAUGUACAUUCAAGAGCAAGGCCAGCCACAAUUAGUAAGUAAUAAACAAGACUUUAGAACUCCACCGUAAAGACAAACACCCAGAAGCUUU